UUUAAUUUGUAGAGUGCUUACUCUUGAAUGUUUAGGGCUCACUGAUGCAAUCGGAAUCGGCUGUACUUGCACAAGACAAAACACAAAAUACAAGCAAGCCAGCAAACUACUGCGAAGCACGCCCAUUUUCUCGGCAUUGUCGGUCCGUGCUAAUUUUCGCGCGUACUGUAUUCCAUUCGUGAAAGUUUCUUUUGUGAUUUAGAUAGCACCCUUUAACAACUGAUAUCCGGAGAUCUGUGAUCAUGAAGCUCUGAAAAAUACAGAGCUCAUUCAACUCUUCGCUGACCAUGAGCGCGAGGUAAACAACGUGAACGUACAAUGCCGACGAUGCUUCAAGAGCGGCGGAUGUUGUCGAACGUCUUCCGCCUGCUGUGGCUGGGAGCAGCAGCCCUGGCGUGCGGUGCGCAAGUUUCCUGGGCCUGCCGGCACUGCGGGACGCUCCGCUCCUUGGGUCCUCCGCCGGCCAGCAUCGCCGACAUGCCGCCCCCUCCGCUGCCGCCCCUCAACCCCCUCUUGGCGCUGGUGGUGCGGGGGGAUGUCAACCGCACCUGGGACGGAAGCUUGUGCGAACGGGUGCUCCGUGGUGCCGCCCCACGCGGUGCUUCACCCCUGGAGCCCUCGGAGUGGUGGCUCCAUCCUUCGACGGUGGUGGAUGGAGACAGAGCGUGGCCACUGGCGGUGGUCAUGGUGGCAGGGUCAGCAACCAUUUUGGGGUCGGUAUUGCUCCUCGUCCUCUCCAGGAACAAGCGAUGGCAGCCUGUGCGUGCACCACCCGGGCACCCGGGUCUUCCCUCUGCUCUGCUGCCCACCAAAGGAAUCUUGGUUGGCGCGGAAGUACCAACAACUGGCUCGUACGACAACUCUGGCUUCGCGGAGGGCGGCCAUGGCGCCUCCCUGCUGCGCCAGCUCCAACCGCCCCCCCUGGCCGGAUACCGGCCGCUUGCCCACGCCUGACUCUGAGACCACACGCACUCCCGGCUCAAAGUCGGAUACAGCUUAAAGGCCGACCUGCAAAUUAUUUUUCAGUCUGGCUGAACGUCGUCCUCACCGCCCUUUCUUGUGAACCCUCUGCCACUGGUCAUGUAAUAGGGAGAUCCUGUUUUGUGUUUGUUUCUUGUGACAGGUUUGUUUAUAGUGGGUGAAUAGGAUUGUCCCCUCUGACGUCUACCACUGUCGAGUGAGGAGAGUGGAAAAAGGGAGAAGAGAAAGAGGAAACUGGAGGUCGGCCCAUAAUGACGUAUCCGAGUCGAGCCGGCGCAAUCCAAUUCACAGCUGGAGCUUAGCUCUCCCUAGAGUCAUAAAAUGCUCGUGGAGUUUCUGAAACUGCCGCGCCUGGAUUGUGGUGACUGUGGAAUGGGCAUUUAAACAUGUAACUGUCGUACAUGGUUUUGGAUUGUAGGGGGUCGCGACAAUGGGUCGCCGUUUUGAUUUGGACCACUGGAUUGCUGGCGACACGUCUACAAAUUGUGCACAUUCAGUGGCCGGAGUUUGCGAUCACAUUGCUUACAUUCAAGCUCUUUUUGUUUGAGUUUUACAUUCUACAAAACUUGGUGUGGGGGAGGGGGGGGGGGAGGGGAGGAGAGUAAAAGUUGAGAUUGUCAUCUUCCACUUUUCAAUGAGAAAUCGUACGUGACAGGGUUUCUCUUUUUACAAAGCGUUGGAAGGAAUAAGCACCGCACCAGGUAAAACUGGGUUUACCCCAAUGAAAACAGUCUUACACAACUUUCUCCGACCUCAUUUUGCAGCUUCAAGUUUUUUUAACUGCCAGGCAUUGUGCAAUUAUGUUGCUGUCACAAGUAGUAAGCAGCUAUACUUUUUGCAUCCUUCUGCCCAUGCACAGGGCUGUGACAGCGCUAAGUGACCAAUGUGUGUUAAGAAAAAAGGUUUGCUUGUUUGUUUGUCGCCUCAUGAAAUCGCUUGUAAUGAGUUCCAUACAAAUCUGCUUAGGUAUGCCAAAAGUUUUACAGAAGUGUUGCUUAGAGGGGUACUCCAGCGAUUUUUUUUAGCUGCCUAACUAACUAUAUUUUCUGAAUUCUCGGCCUUUAUCCUUUCCGGUAUGCUAUUUCGUAUCGGGAAAUUCAUAAUAGUUAUUGUGAAAUCGGCAAAUGAAAAUAAUGCAAAAACCAACGUUCAAAUAUACCCACACUUUUCAGUCGCGUGAUGUCAGUGGCAGGCAGACUUGCUAGUCGAGUAAACAGUCAAGAAAUAGACUAUGCCAAGCAUAUUGUUCCGUGCUGAUGCGGAGGUACUGGAGCGAGCUUCCAAAGCAUUCAUUUGACAUCAUGAAACUGCUUGGAAUUAGUUGGGAACAAAUUCUGCAGUGCAAUGAGUGAGCUUCCACUGGCGUCACUAUUUCGUUGUUGCCAGUAGAUGCUUUCCGUUUAAAAAACACAAUGAGGACCAACAUUUUAAAUUCAAUAACUUUGCAAAAAAAAAUAUAUAUGUAUUUGACCUAAUAUUUUGGAUAUUAUUUUAGCGAUGCUUGUUGGUGUGUUUAGCAAACUUUCAGGCAAAUCGGGUACCAUGAAGAAAUUGCCGGAGUACUACUUUAAAAGCGCCCCCACUAUUGAGAAAAAAAAAAAAAAAAUUUGCAACUGGGUGCAGAGGUGCUGCCCUGGUCGGCCUUCCUGCCCUCGAUUUUAUUCUGUGAUGUGUAAUGGACUACUCAACACUCCGAAUAUUUAGGAGUAUAUGAGCCAUUUGAGGCACCUCCUUUUUUAUGUCCACCGAAAUGUGUGAAAUUCUCGAACGGGUAGUCAUAGGGAGUGACACAUGUGCGGAUAAUUUCGGGAAGUCGCAAAACCUCUAGUUUCUGACAUUGUGUUCCUCCACAAUCUGUCUCUGGUUUCGGAUUGACUCAUCCUGUUUUUCUCGGCAAAUGCUUAACCCUAUAUCACAAAUUUAAUUGGGUCAAGUACUUGGCUCUAUAUUCUAGUAGACAUCGCACACACACACACA